CCUGGCCAACAGGUGGCGGUAACACGUUCAUUGUUCUCCGAGCGCCAACCAAAAGCAAGACGAAGAAGUAAAGGACUGAUAGCAAACAUAGCUUGUUGUAUGAGGUGAAUGUUGAGUCUCUGGGUUAAACCAUCGACAUAUAUACGGCUUAAACAUGUAUUCAGGAGAGUCUCUGAUGGAGUUUGUCAACAAGCAAGUAGCUACUGCUAGAAAACUCAUCACGAAGGUUGAAGAAGCCCUGGCCCAGUUCGAGGAAGGUCACGGUAGUCGGCGUAGACUGUCGGAUAUGAGCUGGGAACCACAGAGCACACACAGAGCAGAACUUCCACAGCAUCAUGUCUGGGAAAACAAGAUGGCUCUGACUGACCAGCAGCUCUCUAAACAGAAAUGGACCUCCAGUUUGGACCAGAAGGAACCAGAACCUCCACUGAUGAAAGAGGAACAACAAGACCUCCUUAUCCAUCAGCAUGAAGGGCAGUUUCUUCUGAAGCAGGAAGUUGAUACCUUCAUGGAGAUUUCUCCUUCUGAAGAAACAGACUGUCAUGAACCAGAACCAAACAAGAACCAACCCUUGUGUCAGAGUUCUACAGAAGCUGAGAACCAAGAUCAGGGUGGAUGCAGGAAAGAAAACUCAGAAUCAAACAGCAAUGAAGGACUGACACGUAAUAAAAUAUGCCAAUCCAAAGAUCACAGAGACAGUGUAGAUGAUAAAAAACAAAAAAGGCACAAGAGGGCUCACACAGGUGAGAAGCCAUAUCCAUGUAAAACUUGUGGUAAAUGUUUUCGUGUCAGUAGUUCCUUGACUAAACACAUGAGAACUCACACAGGUGAGAAGCCAUAUCCAUGUAAAACUUGUGGUAAAUGUUUUAGUGACAGUGAUUCCUUGACUACACACAUGAGAACUCACACAGGUGAGAAGCCAUAUCCAUGUAAAACUUGUGGUAAAUGUUUUAGUGACAAUAGUCCCUUGACUACACACAUGAGAACUCACACAGGUGAGAAGCCAUAUCCAUGUAAAACUUGUGGUAAAUGUUUUAGUGACAGUAGUUCCUUGACUAAACACAUGAGAACUCACACAGGUAAGAAGCCAUAUCCAUGUAAAACUUGUGGUAAAUGUUUUAGUGACAGUGGUCCCUUGACUAAACACAUGAGAACUCACACAGGUGAGAAGCCAUAUCCAUGUAAAACUUGUGGUAAAUGUUUUAGUGACAGUGGUCACUUGACUAUACACAUGAGAACUCACACAGGUGAGAAGCCAUAUCCAUGUAAAACUUGUGGUAAAUGUUUUAGUGUCAGUGGUCACUUGACUACACACAUGAGAACUCACACAGGUGAGAAGCCAUAUCCAUGUAAAACUUGUGGUAAAUGUUUUAGUGUCAGUGAUAGCUUGACUAAACACAUGAGAACUCACACAGGUGAGAAGCCAUAUCCAUGUAAAACUUGUGGUAAAUGUUUUAGUGACAGUAGUUCCUUGACUACACACAUGAGAACUCACACAGGUGAGAAGCCAUUUCAAUGUAAAUGUUGUAGUAAAUUUUUCUCACAGAGUACUGCUUUGACUACACACAUGAGAACUCACACAGGUGAGAAGCCAUAUUCAUGUAAAACUUGUGGUAAAUGUUUUAGUGACAGUAGUUCCUUGACUACACACAUGAGAACUCACACAGGUGAGAAGCCAUAUCCAUGUAAAACUUGUGGUAAAUGUUUUAGUGACGGUAGUUCCUUGACUAAACACAUGAGAACUCACACAGGUGAGAAGCCAUAUCCAUGUAAAACUUGUGGUAAAUGUUUUAGUGACAGUGGUCACUUGACUAUACACAUGAGAACUCACACAGGUGAGAAGCCAUAUCCAUGUAAAACUUGUGGUAAAUGUUUUAGUGACAGUGGUCACUUGACUAAGCACAUGAGAACUCACACAGGUGAGAAGCCAUUUCAAUGUAAAUGUUGUAGUAAAUUUUUCUCACAGAGUACUGCUUUGACUACACACAUGAGAACUCACACAGGUGAGAAGCCAUAUUCAUGUAAAACUUGUGGUAAAUGUUUUAGUGACAGUAGUUCCUUGACUAAACACAUGAGAACUCACACAGGUGAGAAGCCAUAUCCAUGUAAAACUUGUGGUAAAUGUUGUAGUGUCAGUGGUCACUUGACUAAACACAUGAGAACUCACACAGGUGAGAAGCCAUAUCCAUGUAAAACUUGUGGUACAUGUUUUAGUGUCAGUGGUCACUUGACUACACACAUGAGAACUCACACAGGUGAGAAGCCAUAUCCAUGUAAAACUUGUGGUAAAUGUUUUAGUGACAGUAGUUCCUUGACUACACACAUGAGAACUCACACAGGUGAGAAGCCAUAUCCAUGUAAAUCUUGUGGUAAAUGUUUUAGUGACAGUAGUUCCUUGACUACACACAUGAGAACUCACAUUAUAUCAUUGAAUUGCUAAAGCCUCAUACUCCAACCCGAGCCCUCAGGUCCACAAACUAGAACCUUCUAGAAGUUCCAAAGACCAAUUAUAGAAGUCCAGGUGAUGGCUCCUUCCACACUGUUGCACCCUGACAUUGGAGUGGUCCUCCUUUUAGCCUUACUAGUCUUGACAGUCUGGACACUUUGAAAAAAAAAAAACAGCAGAAGCCCCUUUCAUUUAAAGCGGCUAUAUCUAAAUAUAGUAUUUUCUUAUUUUUAACUCAAAUUUGUAAUCCUCUUUCAAUUGUUUAAUGGUAUUUUAUAAAUACGUGACUUAGAUUCUUAUUUCUGUUUUAAGGUCAGUAGGAUUUUAUGACAAUGAUUUGUUUUCAUCUAUGUGAAACACCAUGUGAUUUUCUGUGUGUGAUGAGUGCUAUAUAAAUAAAAUGUACAUACAUGUGAAAA